UCUAUCCUAUAACCCAGACUGCCCACAAGGCGCACGCAGGCGUUUAAACAGGAGUGGCGUACCGCUGCUCUACCGUUCUGUCUGUAACAAUUUACCCGAAGAUGGCGGCGUGUAGACGUGUGCAGCUUCUCUUGCUGUUGAUGUCCGUGUCAUUCUCUGUGUGUUCCAUUCAAGCACUUAAAUCGCCAAGCAAUGGCAAUGCAAACGGAGAUGUUCUUCCAAACCAACAACUUAAAAGUGCAAAUGUCCCUGCUGCAGCGGCCUCAACGCUUCGCAGGGGCACCAGUUGGAAGCUGGCCGAUGAAGAGGCCUGCCGGGAGGACGUUACCCGGCUUUGUCCGAAAAAACAGUGGCCCAACAAUUUGGCUGUGUUGGAGUGUCUACAGGAUAGAAAAGAGGAUACUGAGAUUGCAACAGACUGCAACCAUCUGCUGUGGAAUUACAAGUUGAAUCUGACCACAGACCCCAAGUUUGAGUCCGUAGCUGGAGAAGUAUGCAAAAGCACCAUCGGCGAGAUCAAAGAAUGCGCAGAGGAGGAGAAGGGCAAGGGCUACCUGGUGUCCUGCCUGGUGGAUCACCGUGGCAACAUCAGUGAGCGGCAGUGCCACCAGUACGUCACCAAGAUGACCACCAUAAUCUUCAGCGACUUCCGGCUCAUCUGCGGCUUCAUGGACAAAUGCCGCGAGGACAUCAACACGCUGCACUGUGGCAGCAUCAGCACUGGAGAGAAGGACCUGCACUCUCAGGGGGAGGUGAUCUCGUGCUUGGAGAAAGCCCUGGUACGGGAGGCAGAGCAGCAGGACCAGGCCCACUCCAUCCAGGAUGGCUGCAAGAAGUCAAUAAUGCGCGUGGCCGAGCUCUCGGCCGACGACUUCCACCUGGACCGCCACCUCUACUUCGCCUGCCGCGAAGAUCGUGAGCGCUUCUGCGAAGACACUCAAGUUGGAGAGGGCCGAGUUUACAAGUGCCUGUUCAACCACAAAUUCGAGGAGGCCAUGUCCGAGAAGUGCAGAGACGCCCUCACCACCAGGCAGAAGCUGAUCGCUCAGGACUACAAGGUCAGCUACUCGCUGGCCAAGGCCUGUAAGACUGACCUGAGAAAGUACCGCUGCAACCUGGACACCAACAUGCCCAGAGCCCGCGAGGCACGCCUCUCCUAUCUGCUACUGUGCCUGGAGGCAGCUGUACACAGAGGCCGCACAGUCAAUGGUGAAUGCCAGGGUGAGAUGUUGGACUACCGCCGCAUGCUGAUGGAGGACUUCUCGCUCAGCCCCGAGAUUGUGCUGCACUGCCGCGGGGAGAUUGAGGCCCACUGCUCCGGCCUGCACCGUAAGGGCCGCACCCUGCACUGCCUGAUGCGUGUGGCACGCGGAGAGAAGGGGGCCGCCAUGGAUAGCAUGUGCCAGAACGCGCUCCAGACUCUCAUCCAGUCGGCCGACCCCGGAGCGGACUACCGCAUCGACCGGGCGCUGAACGAGGCCUGCGAGUCAGUCAUCCAGACCGCCUGCAAGCACAUCCGCAACGGAGACCCCAUGAUCCUGUCAUGUCUGAUGGAACACCUGUACACUGAGAAGAUGGUGGAGGACUGUGAGCAUCGGCUGCUGGAGCUGCAGUACUUCAUCUCCAGGGACUGGAAACUGGACCCCAUCCUGUACAAGAAGUGCCAGAGCGACGCAUCCCGACUCUGCCACACCCAUGGCUGGAACGAGACCAGCGAGUCCAUGCCCCUGGGCGCCGUCUUCUCCUGCCUCUAUCGCCAUGCCUAUCGCACAGAGGAGCAGGGCAGACGGCCUGAUCCAGAUGAGAAUCUGUCACGAGACUGUAAGGUGGAGGUGCAGCGGAUCCUGCACCAGAGGGCUCUGGACGUGAAGCUGGAGCCUGAGCUGCAGAAGCGCUGCAUGACCGACCUGGGCAAGUGGUGCAGCGACCGCACCGAGACCGGACAGGAGCUGGAGUGUCUACAGGACCAUCUUGAGGACUUGAUAGUUGAAUGCAGAGAGAUUGUGGGAAACCUGACAGAGCUGGAAUCAGAGGACAUCCAGAUUGAGGCCCUGCUCAUCCGAGCCUGUGAGCCAGUCAUCCAGACCCACUGCCAUGAUGUGGCUGAUAAUCAGAUUGACACGGGAGACCUGAUGGAGUGCCUGGUGCGGAACAAGCACCAGAGAGAGAUGAAUGACAAGUGUGCCGUAGGCGUCACGCACUUCCAGCUGGUCCAGAUGAAGGACUUCCGCUUCUCCUACAAGUUUAAAAUGGCCUGCAAGGAGGACGUCCUCAAACUGUGCCCCAACAUCAAGAAGAAGGUGGAUGUGGUGGUGUGCCUGAGUACCACGGUGAGGAACGACACGCUGCAGGAUGUGAAGGAGCAGAGAGUCGCCCUCAAGUGCCGCAAGCAGCUCCGGGUGGAGGAGCUGGAGAUGUCUGAGGACAUUAGGCUGGAACCAGAGCUCCAUGACUCCUGCAGGCAUGACAUCAAGAGGCUGUGCUCCGGUGUGGAGUUUGGCAAUGCCCAGAUGAUCGAGUGUCUGAAGGAGAACAAGAAGCAGCUGUCCCAGCAGUGCCACCAAAAGAUCUUUAAGCUGCAGGAGACGGAAAUGAUGGACCCUGAGCUGGACUACCAGCUCAUGCGUGUCUGCAAGCAGAUGAUCAAGCGCUUCUGCACGGAGUCCGAUGCCAAGAACAUGCUCCAAUGCCUGAAGCAGAACAAGAACAGCGAGCUGAUGGACCCCAAGUGCAAACAGAUGAUCACCAAGAGACAGAUCACCCAGAACACAGACUACAGGCUGAACCCUGUGCUGAGGAAGGCCUGUAAGGCAGAUAUCCCCAAAUUCUGCCAGGACAUCCUGCGGAAAGCCAGCGACGACACUGAACUCGAGGGCGAGGUCGUCUCAUGCCUCAAACUCAAAUAUGCUGACCAGCGUCUGUCUUCUGACUGUGAAGACCAGAUCAGAGUGAUCCUGCAGGAGUCUGCCCUGGACUACAGACUAGACCCUCAGCUGCAGAUGCACUGUAGCGAAGAGAUCACGCGGCUGUGUCCAGAAGAGGCGGCAGCUCAGGAGCAGACGGGGCAGGUGGAGGAGUGUCUGAAGGGCAACCUGCUGAAGAUCAAACAGGAGGCGUGUAAAAAGGAGGUCCUGACCAUGCUGAAGGAGAGCAAGGCCGACAUCUUUGUGGACCCGGUGCUGCACACGGCCUGUGCCCUGGACCUGAAGCACCACUGUGCAGCCAUCCCCCCAGGACGGGGCAGACAGAUGUCCUGUCUGCUGGAGGCUCUGGAGGACAAACGUGUGCGUCUGCAGCCCGAGUGUAAGAAAAGACUGCAGGACCGUAUUGACAUGUGGACUUUUGCAGCAAGGGUGGCCCCAGCUGAGGGUUUCUCAGACCUAGCCCGGCAAGUGCUGCUGUCGCCCUCCAAGAACUACAUCCUGUUAAUGAUCGUCCUGUCCGUCUGCGUGCUCUUCGUCAUAGGCCUGAUGUGCGGCCGCAUUACCAAGCGCGUCGUCAAGGAACUGAAGGACAGGUAGAGAGAGAGAGAGAGGUGCCAUGGGGGCCACCCUGAUACGUGACAGACUCUCUCCAUCUCUCCCUCCCUCCCUCACACUCUCUCUCUCUCUCUCUCUCUAUCUCUCUAAAGGCCUAGACUCCUCAAUCACCCCCUAUCUCUCCCUCCCACACCCUCUCGCUCCCUCUUACUCUAACCCUGGCAUGGCUCCAAAGACCCCUGCCCCCACCAUCACACACUGCCCUGCAUCAGACUUCCAAGUGACACCUGGGGAGACCCACAGGGAGUCACGCCGGCCCCAGGUGGGCGUGUUCAGCUCCGUCCUGCUCCUCUGUACAAUUUACUACUGCUGUCCCCAACACCUACCGCCCCCCUGCCCUCCGUCCCCUCUAGGGACAAGAAGCCGUAUCCCAAGAGCACCUCUGCUCCUGCACCACAAGGGCCCUCACUGGACCUCUGCCUUGGCUUUUGUUGUCGUCAUGCGUUUUCAAAUCUCCACAGAAAGGGGAUGACUGUUGCUACGCAAGCCAUUACAAAACACUUUUUUGUUUUGUUUUGAAAACUGGCUUGCCUUAUUCUAAUGUUAUUCCAGCUGCAUUCUUGAGCCAGGUGCAUUUUUCAGAUGUAAGUGAGGUUUCCCUUUAGGAAACGAGAUGAUAUCUGGGAUCAGGUUCGACUUCAUGCACCAUGGAACUCUGCGCAUCCUCAGACAUGUCACAGCCCGCUUCGCUCCUCGAGGGUAGGCCGUUCAUUUGGAAUCAUCUCACCCAAGAGAGAGGGUCAGUUCUAUGCGUUUUAUUUUUUUAUUUUUUGCAGUUGUGCUUUUAAAGUUUAAUUAAUAGUUUUGCUUAUGUCUACUGGUCACCAAUGAGUGAGGGGGCAUGCAAAUGUUUUUCACCCUAUAGCCACAGGACUGCCUGAUCGUAAGUGAGAGACUGAAGGUACUACCAUAAGACUGAUGGAUGGAGUCAUGGUGCACUCACCAUUAAGGAACCAAUGCUUUGUUUCUUUCUCUCUCUUUGUUUUUUUUUUAUGGACAUCAUUUUGCCCAUGCAAAGUCUAUCGUAUAAACCUGAAGUGAUACUCCAAGGAAAGGUCUGUCCUUCACCGUGACAACCACUGCAGAGUCCACUGAAGCUGAGAGCGUUGGCGAUGGAGCUUUACUUUGCCUUGGAUUCUGAGUGUGAUCAGGAGGACUGACUUUAGUCUGCUUGCUAGAGGCUGUGCCCUAGGCACAGGUGUGUAGGAGUGAUGGGCCAGGUUUGCCAGGCCUGCUUGCGGACAGGGCACGGACAGUGGGAGGCUGGAUGUGGGUGAUUAGGGGUCUGCUUACCUUCUUGUGCGCAAAGCUUUCGGUAAGGGUUGGAUUCGUUGUUUAGGACCAAGGCAUUUGUCAAAGAGCAAAAAGAAAAACAACUGCACACCACAUUUGGGCGCAUUUGGACUGUAUGUGUGUGUGUGAUUUUUUUUUUUUUGUUUUCUUUUUCUUUCUUUCUUUUCUUUUCAAAAAGUAAGAUGUACUUUCAAUUGCUAACUGAAUCAUUGCACAUUUUUUGUGAUCUAUGUAUGUAUGUUUGGCCAUAGCCUUAUUUAUUGUUUACAAACUAAUUGGGUUGAGUUUUCAUGUUUUGUUUUUUUCUCUCUCGUCUUUUGUGAAGUGUCAUGUGUAAAUGUUUUCUCUUGUUGCCUUUUCUCUCGUAUACACCUGUGAAUGUCCCUGUGGGCUCCAUCUGAACAAAGGGGAGGCCUGACAAGCAGGGCUCCAGGCUAGAGAGGAGUUUUUAUAUCAGUCACCUGGGGGUCGUGGAAGGAGGCCAGAGCUCAGAGCUUUGUGUAUUGUAAGUCUGCUUCAAGAGGAGCGCUUCCCUGCCAAGGAUCCACAGAUAAAUACAGAACAAAUCCUUCUCCUGUCGUUGGCUUGUAGUAGAGAACACGCCUUGAAGGAGACCUGGAUAUCAAAGACAAGGGUGCCAGCUCAUUGAUAGUGGCAGUUUAGCUCAUCAGAACCACCUUUCAGCCCAUACAAGGCAUGAAAUGGUAUUAAGCCCCAUGUGCCCCACCCUUUACCCUCCUUUAUUUUGUACUCAUUGUCUCAAGUCCACUGAGAAAAAACAUCCUUUGCAGUUCAAUGUAUUCAAACAUCCAGAGAUCUAAGACCUGACAAUAAUGCCUCUUGUAAAAGUACUAAGGGAAAAUUACAUUUCAACACAAAGCAUAAUGAUUUUGUAAAUAGGUAGAGACUAUUUGGAAAUUGGGGAAAUCAUCCUGCAUACAAGCAGGCCGAUGCUGGACAUGGGGGAGGGGGGUGAUGGUGAUGGAACUUUUGUGGGAGUGUGACAUUAUGUGCAACAAGGAGAUCCUGCAAUUCACCCAAAUGGCAGAUCGACAUUAUUUCCAGAUGCUAUAUAAAAAUACAAUAUCAUUUAAGAAUGAUGAAUGUUUAUUGCAAAUAUAGAUUUCUUUAAUGAACUGAUGUAUGUAUGGGGAGGGAGGGGAGAAUCACAAUUUAUUACUUAAAAAAAAAAAAAAAAAAAAAAAAAGUUUCAUCUACAGCUGUCACUAGGAUUUUAAUCACCCUGACAUUCAAAUCAUGUUUAGUUUUUGAGAUUAAACAACCUUUUCAGCACAAUACUUGCCUGAGCUGCAGUCAGCACCGGAGUGCCAUCAUCCAUUGUCCUGAAAUGUCAUGGCUUGGCAUUCAGGAUGCAAUUUUUAUAUAUAUAUAUAUAUAUAUAUAAAUAAAUAUAGAUAUAUAUAAAAAUAACUCUGCCUCUGUGAAUGAUACAUUCUCAUGUGCUGAUAUGUGACCAGGUAUCAGAUGACAGAUAUUCAAAUGUAUAAUAAACAUUUGCAGGGUAGUGUCGCCAACAUCUUGAGCUGUAUUGUAGAGACAUUGGUUGAUACUGAGUCACUUAAGACCAAUUACACAUGCCAGACACCCUAAGGUAUCAGAAUAUUUGGGAAGAUAAGUAGACUAUUAAAAUACAGCAGAUAUCCAUUUACCUAGGGGCAUACAGAGGCACACAGAACUCUGGUGAAAGAAUCAAUUUGCACCCAAGGUUGUUUUAAAUUACAUCAAUGCAUUUAGAACGUUACUGGAAUAUCCACGAGAUUGUCUGGAGUACGGUACAGCAACUGCAGUCUCAAAGUGCUUGAAACUAUUCUUGAUUCUACCACUCUUCUCAUCCCUUUACAGCAGCCCCUAAUCAGACAGCAUUACCAAGAUUACUCCAAGUUCCUCACAGUUUUUUUUCUGUACAAAGAACUGUCCUCAAAAAAAAAUAAAGAUAACCAAUUUUGUAAUUUUUAUUUGUGUGGAAAUGUAUGGCUGUACUAUUCUCUGUUCUCCAGUUAUGCCAUGUAAUAUUGAGAUGUAAGAGGUUUAAAUUUGUGCAUUUUUCCGUUGAUUUUAUUUUUCCUGUACAGAUGGAAAAUUUGUCAAUUUAAUAAAAUUGUCUGCAGAUUUUCA